UUCCGGAAGCGGAUGUCGUUAUUUUUAGGGAACUAGAAGAUGUCUGAUACCGAUAAUGAGAGAUGGGAACCAUACCAUUUUUCUUAGUAAUCGGUGCUUUUAUCUUUCAUCAGAUCUCAACCUGCACAGAUGGAUGGUGUACAUAUAAGGGCAUGGGUGAAGAAGAAGGAUUUUCUGAGAAGAUCUGGAAUUACGUGAUAUCAAGUAUAACCUGGUUCGACAAAGAUGGAUAUGACGUGUUUGACAUGUGUCCUGAAUACCCUGAGCCGGACUGGGAUCUCUUUGAGCCGGAAGAAAAAUGCUGCAGAAAACUGUCGGAGAUGAUGAACCCAUAUGAUGACUACUGGGCAACCACUCGUGGUAGCCUACACGCCUACAUGCCCGACAUGAGCCCCAUCAAGAGUAUAUUGCAGCACCUCACGACGCAAGGCCCAUUUGAGAGCAUGUUCUCCUCCCUCCCCGAUCUGUACUUCUGGAGAAGUGUUCAUCAACACCUGUCACAUCUAGCAAUUUGGGACAACAUCAGUUUCCACCUGGCUUACUUAAGCCUUGCUGCCCAAAAUGUUGACCUGGCCACGCUGAACAGGGCAGUGAACUACUUUAGCAAUGCCCUGACGUACGUGGCAACUUUGGCCUACUUCAAUCCAACCUCCGUGUACCUGCUGUCGGCUGUCGUCUGCCUCGUCUUGCUGUCCAUUGUCAACUGGUUCAUCUGCGAUGAUACUACAUCCGAAAAGAGAGUAACGUUUUCAAACAUUUGUCCAAGUAAAGAAAGCUCCUCGGGACGAUCCCAACGGCUAGCACGACUGAAGACGGAUCACCCCUCCAAGAAAGACAGACAGAGAAAGAAGAAGAAACAGCGCCAAAGAGGUGCCUCCCGUUACCGAUCCUCCGAUACGGACGACUACCCUAACGAUGGCGUUGACCGUGUUGACGAAGACCCAUGCAAUUGCUACCCAAGGUGGACUAAGACUCGCGAUGAGGCUGUAGAUGUUGACGAUAUAGACGAAAAUUCUCUCAGAUAUAUUGCCGGAUUAUCGUCUGAAUAUUCUCUUGAUAAUGUCAAGAGGCGGGUUCAAGAAACUUUUCGAAGUAUCUCAGAAAACGACCAUGAUGCCAGCUGCCCGCAGAUGCCAAGCUCGCCCGAUAAGAGCAAUGUGAAGGGCGGAGAAGUAACGACUGACCGGACCAUUGCUGUGUACGACAUCAGAUACAGAGACACUUUACCACAGGAUGUCUUGGACGUUCUGUUUUGUAUUGAUCCCUACUGUGAACAUGAUCAUGGCCGGUAUGAACUGAGAGGCUGCAAGAUCUUGGUCAAGCAUCCUUAUCAUCUUGAAAUGGGUACCGAAGAUUCUUCCAAACAGAGGUCUCAUGAGACAGGCACUUCUCCUUAUGGCAACACACCCAGAGAACGCGUUCCCUAUAGUCGCGGGGUUGCAGAAAUAAUAGUUCCUGAUGAAAGUGCGUAUUCGACAAUAGAUGUUUCACCGACAGAGGUACACGUGUGGGGUAGAGAUGAGAAAUUUGUGAAGAAAUAUCACGAAUCGUUAUCUGGACAUGAUCUGGUGCACGGUGCAGUGACGGGCAGCCAGGCGAGUAUAAACGACGAGCUUACAAAAACUCUAUCGAAGCAGAUUCGUGGGCCCGAUGCGCUGGAUACAGACAUAUCCCAGGUGGAGUCCUUCCCGGACUGGCGUGCCUCUGUGUUUCAUGACUGUCCCUACUGUAAAGAGCAGUCGUCAUCUAGCAACGGACAUUCCCAAGUACACAGGGUAGGUGGUGAGGAGCGGGAAGUAUCCAGCAGUAACCCUGUAAGUUUAGGAAGCACCAGAGAUCCGUCCCCCGUGCCCGGAUGCAGUGGUGUGAACGGGUCUGACUCUCCAAGGAUAAAACAACAGUUGGACGAACUGUUCGGGGAAGCUCUUUUACAUGAAAAUAUUGGUCCCCCGAGAGCUAAUUCUAGUUUCGAUGAGGAAGGUCACACUUCCGAAUUUCUGGGGGAUCAGUUUGGACAUGACUUGGACUCAAGCCAAAGGCCAUCUCGUGGCCGCACAACCAAAAACCGGUUUCAGACAGUCCAAGACCAAGAGUCAGCCCCAGCCUCCGAUCGUCAACACGCAAGACUGUGUGGACAUGGAGGUUACAGACACCGGCAGCCGCGAACCUUCCAAUCACCCACUUCCAGAGACAAUUCCAGGAAUGGAGAUGCAUACCAAAUGUAUAAUUUUAAUGGUCCAGAAUUAAUGUUUCUGCCCGAUCUGGCAUUAGCGCGAGAAAUAGAGAGAGCUGCUCUGUCCACGGUUUCACGUGAACCAGUUGGAGGGGACGCACAGGUCCAAGAGGUUGUCUCCCUUGAUGACCUUCCUUUCGACUUUGACUCUGUCCCUACUUUGGAUGAAAAUGAUUUCAACAUCAGCGAGGAGUUGCAGAAUUCAUCACUCAAUGAAUCACAGGCAUCCGUUGAUCUUGCAGAGCUUAACAGAAGCCUCAGCUUCUAUGGUGAUGUUUCGAUGGUGGAGUUGGCUGCCUCGUGGAUCGUACAGAAUGUCUUAGAAAGAGUGGGGAGGUACCUUUCUGGGGUCACGCCCGAGAAAUUGAAGGCUACAGUGUUGAACAUCUCAGCAGAGAUCGUGGGGACUAUGGACCUUAUAGAGUAAACCUCGAGCAUGGUUGUAACUGACAGUUUGCACUGACAACUACACUGUCUGGCAGUCUGUAUAUUUGUCGUGUGUAUGUGUGUGUGUGUGUGUGUGUGCGCGCGUGCUUGCGUGUGCGUCCCUGCAUGUACAGCUUUGAGGUACAGAUACGCGUCAUUGCAGCGGUCAUCUAAAACCAUGACGUAUGUCAGUGAUAUGUAGGUACUGGUGGUAUACUACUCUAUUCAGUUUUGGUACAGACAUACAUGUAAAUAGAUAUUAUCUGUGAUAUUGUGCCGGGAUGCAGUUUGCCCUCUUACUGAUCGUCGAUCUGUGCGACACUCGGGUCAACUCGGCUUUUUCCGUUACCUAUAUGAGACCUCGGAUGACGUUGGAGUAGUGACAGAACAUGGCUUUCACGAAAUGCAGGCGCCACCAAAUUGUGUGGACUACAGUUGAAAAACCCGCUUUUGUCGUACCUACCAAACUGUAGGUGUGCAAGCCUGUCAGGUCUUAUUGUCAUGUGAAUCCAGUGUGAAGUCAUGCCAUGCCAGUCAUUUGGAGUUGUUCAACGUCGUGCAUGUACCUCUGUGGUCAGUCACACUACAGACACACAGACUCCUUGCAACUCUGGCCGUACACAGGCGACAAUGGAUGACACCGUAGAGGUCGGUUUCUGGUAACUUUAGCUGUUUUCGCAUCUUAAAUCUUAGUUAACAUAAUAUUAUUUCCCGCCUUUGUGAAAAUGCUACUGUUUCCACUUGCCAAUAGCUUUGUGCACGUGUACAGUAACGGGUUUACAGAAUAUUUCUUCAUAUAUUGUUCUCUCAGAUAUGAAUAAAAUGGGCAAAUUAUUACAAAAUGAUAUGCAAA